GCGCCGGCGCGCCAGUCAUUGAUUAGUCGCGUCGACGACUGCGCGUGAGCAAGAUUCGCAAAGCGAAGUGUGAUCAGUGAGCGACCGGCGAAAAUGUAAAGUCGGACAUUCGGAAAUAUUGUGGGUGUUCCUUUAGUGGUAAAUUGUUAUGUUUGUGCUGUGUUGUGAUUUUGAAUAGGAUUUUUCAAGAUGAAAUACAUUUUGUACAUUACUUUAUUUUCUUUGCUAAAUACGAUAUCGGGGGAAAUUGAAGAUCGCUACGACUUACUACUUGACCUAUACAACACGGAUCUGUUCUCAAGUGACCAAUAUGAAAUCGACGAUAGCUAUUCAGCUUUCAGAUUUAAGCCAUCAAAUCCGAUAUCAGAACCAGUGGAGAAGAGUUCUUUCCAAGAAGCAACAAUAUCUAGUCCUUUUAUACUGAAUACUAUUUUUGUAUUAGACAAGCAUACGUCACCGUGUUUAUUUUCUAUAACUGACAAAGAUGGGUUGAAACUGUCUCUGUGUCUCACUCUAGCAGGAGAAGACAUAACUAGAAUAACCUUAGACGGGAAAGGUAUACCGACUGGAGGUGUUUCGUUCACUUCAUAUGGAAAUUUGACGACGUGGACGAAAAUGCUGUUGCAUGUUGAAGAUACCAGAGUAACUUUGUAUGUGAAUUGUAUGAAGAUAGAUACUAGUGAGUUUGACGAGGUCGUCGAGGAUGUUGUUCUGUCAAACGAUGCCGUGCUGAACUUAGGACACUAUGGGAAAGGAAGCCAAUUUUUUGAGGGUCUGAUAAGGGAACUAACAAUAUACGAGUUCGCAGACGAAGAACGAUUGAAAACUGUCAAAAAUUGUUCUGACACUGACUCAGAGGACGAUGAUGGAGAUACCUCACCUGAGAAUCUUGAGAUAUUUACUGGCGACAUGGACACAACUAUAGAUGUUCCGUCAUUCAUAAAAGGAGAAAAAGGUGAUAAGGGUGCUCCAGGAGACUCACGUAUUGGACCGCAAGGGCCUCCCGGGCCUCAAGGUCCACCUGGGAAUCCUGGAAAAAACGCAGAGCCUGGUACUUGUUCCUGUUCAGAGAAGAUAGUUUCAAAUCUGCUACGGACGAUGCCAGAAAUGAAAGGGCCUCGCGGAGAAAUGGGCCUUCGAGGGGAACCGGGGGACACAGGUUCUCCUGGGUUAACGGGUAAACAAGGAGAGCAGGGUGAGAGAGGCCCAGUUGGCCUCAAAGGAGAAAUGGGUGAAAGAGGUGAUGUAGGCCCUCCGGGAAAAGAUGGAGAUCCUGGGCCUAAAGGAGAGCCCGGAAUAGAUGGUAUGCUAGGACCUCGAGGACCUCCAGGGCUAAUAGGCCCACCUGGGCCUCCUGGUCCCAAGUGUAAGGAAACAGAAGAGGCAAAAGGAAUAGCUGUACCUGGAGAAAAAGGUGAUAUGGGGCCUACUGGGCCGCAAGGUGACUCUGGACCCAGAGGACCUCAAGGAGAAAAGGGUACAAAGGGGGAUCAGGGAGUCAAAGGGGAUAAAGGUGACACGGGUCACCACGGACCCGAAGGGCCGCGAGGUGAAAAAGGUGAACGAGGUGAAUCGGGUCGUGAUGGUCUUCCUGGGGAGCCCGGUGCCCAUGGUAGAAAUGCAGAGAAAGGAGAAAAGGGUGACAGGGGAGAUAAAGGAACACCCGGCUUGCCAGGUUUACCCGCAACAUUAUCCUCGUUACUAGAUACUUCAAUGGAUCCAGACGAAAAUGCAGCAAUUAUUGAAAAAAUAAGGGGGCAUAAAGGAGAUCAAGGCGUCCCAGGUGAAAAGGGUGAUAAGGGUGACGUAGGCCCUAUUGGGCCCCCAGGGUCACCCGGUAGAGACGGCCGACACGGGCUCCAAGGAGAAAGAGGGCCUCAAGGAGUGCAAGGAGACCCGGGCCCUAUGGGCCACAGGGGCCAUAAAGGAGAACGUGGUGAACCGGGCCCUCCUGGGAUUGGCACUCCACUGGCUAAUGUUACGGUGGUACAGGGACCUAAAGGCGAAAAGGGAGAUCAUGGCGCACCAGGAAAAAUUGGACAAAUUGGAAAACUGGGUCCUCCAGGGAAAAGAGGACCUAGUGGACCAAAAGGAAAUAAAGGAACGAUAGGUCCACGAGGACCUGCGGGGCCAGUGGGCAAAAAUGGUGAAAAGGGACCGAAAGGUGAAAAGGGAGACGGCCUUAGUUUACUUGAUUUGCAAAAGGUAAAAGGAGAAAAAGGUGACAGAGGCCAAGACGGGAAACCCGGCGUGGCGGGUGUACAGGGUCCACCUGGGCAAUGCCCAGCAACUUGUGAGACCCACGGUGGUGCACCUGGACCCCCAGGUCCACCAGGGCCCCCAGGCCUCACUGUAACUGGGCCCAAAGGAGAGCCCGGUGGAAUCAUUUCAGAGAAAACUUAUUACGCUUUUACGGAUGGUAACCCAAAUGACGAAGACGACGUUCACACGGCAAUGACUCUUAUUGCACGAACAAAAAGGGCUCUUAUAAAGCGAACAUCGAGCACACCUCUGGGAACGCUAGCUUACGUAUUGCAUGAAAAAAUGUUGCUGUUAAGAGUCGAACAUGGAUGGCAAUAUGUUGUGAUGGGUUCUUUAGUAGAAACUAGAGAGCCUUACACCACUACAACUCUGCACCCAGUACCAAGUCGCUUAGUAACAUCUACAGAGCGUCCCAGGCCUGCUCAUCCUAAACUUCCGUCAGAAAGGUCGCACAUUCGAUUGGCUGCUCUAAAUGAGCCUUAUUCAGGUAAAAUGUACUCUUUCAACAAUCGCACGGGAAGAAACGCUGCAAACUACGCAUGCCAUCGAGAAUCGUGGAACUAUGGCUUUGAUGGCAACUUUGUAGCCUUCUUGGCUAAUAAGGUAGAAGACCUGAGGUAUUUAGUAAAGGUGAAACGCGACAGGGAACUACCAGUGGUGAACCUCCACGGAGAAAUGUUGUUCAAGACAUGGACAGAAAUGUUCAAUGGAACCGGAGCCUUGUUCCCGACGUCAGCGAACAUUUACAGCUUUAGCAGGAAAAACGUUUUCAUUGAUCCUACAUGGCAUCAGAAGGCUGUUUGGCAUGGAGGUAAUGCUUUUGGAGUACGUACGCCAAAAGCUUUCUGUGAGGAGUGGGAGUCCGAUAAUCCUGAGUAUUACGGAGUGGCGUCCCCACUGAGGGACAGUAGACUUCUGGGGCAAGAAUUGUAUCCCUGUGAUAGUAAGCUAAUAGUUUUAUGUGUAGAAGCCACGGCGACAAGAAAACGCCCAAAGCACGUAUCAUCCAGAUCACGUGAACAUUAUAAUCCUAUCCUACGUGAAAACGGUAUACCUAGUUUAUAGCAAAACUAACUGCGUUAAUAUUGUAUUAGAUAAAUAGUUUAUUUGGAGAAUAUGAAAGAUUGUAUAGAUGUUGAAAAAAAAAUAAUUUUUUUAAUUGAAAGUUUGAGUGAAUAAAGUAAACAUCAUGACUUAAUUACAAUAAACCUUUUAAAGCUUU